CACUCCGUCCCGGACAUGCGCAGUGUGUUCGAAGCGGCGACUAUAGACGGAAUGAUGGCGUCCUCGGCUGCUCGCUGCUCCUCACGCUGGAUUACCGUCAUCGUGUCCUCUGGGCCUCGCCGGGCCGCCGGUGCUGUUGUCUGCGGCAGCCAUGGAGGGGUCCGCAGUGUUUCUACGCUGGGAGCAGAAAACCUGUGGCGGGGAGGGAACCUAUUGUGUGGCGGAGCAGGGAAAGCGUUGACAUUGAGAGGGCUGUCAGGUAUCAAGUCGCCCCAUGCUGUCUACACACUGUCCUUUCAUACAAGUGCCCCUGCUUGCAGCAAGCAGGACUUCUACCAGAUCCUCGGCGUACCUCGCACGGCGACCCAGAAAGAGAUCAAGAAAGCCUACUACCAGAUGGCCAAAAAGUAUCAUCCUGACACCAACAAAGAAGACCCACAAGCCAAGGAAAAGUUUGCUCAGCUGGCUGAAGCUUAUGAGGUCCUGAGUGAUGAAGGUAAGAGGAAGCAGUACGAUACGUAUGGCUCAGCUGGCUUUGACGCUGGUCGGGCCAGUGGAGGCCAGCAUUACUGGACUGGACAGACCAGCAACGUGGACCCAGAGGAGCUCUUCCGCAAGAUCUUUGGGGAAUUCUCAGGAGGCCGUGGCUUUGGAGACUUCAAUGCCAUAUUUGAUCAGCCACAGGAGCACAUCAUGGAGCUGACGUUCACUCAGGCAGCGAAGGGAGUCAACAAAGAGAUAUCCGUCAAUAUCGAAGCAGCCUGUCAGCGCUGUGAUGGCAAGGGCCACGAGCCAGGCACCAAAGUCCAGCACUGCCACUUCUGUAACGGCUCCGGCAUGGAGACCGUGAACACAGGCCCGUUUGUGAUGCGCUCCACAUGUCGUCACUGUGGGGGCAAAGGCACAGUCAUAUCAAACCCCUGUCACUCCUGCCGUGGGAGGGGACAGACCAAGCAGAAGAAGGUUGUCAUGGUUCCUGUGCCUGCAGGUGUGGAGGACGGUCAGACAGUCAGAAUGCCCGUUGGUAAGAAGGAGAUCUUCAUCACAUUUAGAGUCCAAAAAAGUCCUGUGUUCAGGAGGGACGGUGCAGACAUCCACUCUGACCUUUUGGUCUCCGUGGCACAAGCCGUCCUGGGAGGCACGGCCAGGGCUCAGGGCCUUUAUGAAACACUAAACUUAACAAUCCCUGCAGGCAUCCAGACAGACCAGAGGAUUCGUCUGGCAGGGAAGGGAAUUGCUCGUAUCAGUGGCUACGGCUUUGGAGACCAUUAUGUCCACGUCAAAAUAAAAGUACCCAAGACACUAACCGACAGACAAAGAGCUCUGCUCAUGAGCUAUGCUGAGGACGAGACGGAAGUGGAGGGGACUGUGAAUGGUGUCACUGCCACCACCACAGGGAAAAGGUCAUCCUGGAACUGAGAAGCUUCAUCGAUAGAUCAGAGGGCAGAUGGGAGGGACAGCGUGAAGCAAGAACGGCUACAUUAUAAAGGGACAGGUGUGUUGGGUGUUGGACGAGGCCCACAAAGGUUCUGGACGGAUCAGUGCAGACCCACCUACCCAGCCCUGCAGUGAAUAAGGCAGAGGAUUACCUGCUCUGUUCCUCUGCCAAAGUGAAUCCACACACAAGAGGAUGUUCCAGUGCACCAAUCACCUCUCUGUCAAAUGUCCAUCGAGGCCAUUUGGGCAGAAAAGACUUAUUAUUUACCAUAGCAGCCGGUGCAUGUUGGUUUUCUGUUGAUCGCAAUAAGAAAAACAUGAUGGUGAUAAUGGAAUCCAUGUGCACAGAAAUAAAUUAUUGUAUUGACAAAGGCAGAUAACAGCAAAAAGUCUUAUUUAGGAUUAAAUUGACCUGUUGUUAAUCCUUUUAUUCUAUAUGCUUCAGUUGUGUUUUCAUGAACGCUCAGAUUUCCCCGACAGUUCUCGGCGCCUAACAUCACCAGACUAACUACGUGUUUACCUUCAAGCGUUGGACAAUGUAAAUAUGUGUCUGCAAUGGAUUGUCAGUCUCCUGUCUCUGACUGAGGACUGGCUCGGGCUCUCCUGACCUGUGAACACUGAUGAUCGGACUCUGUCCCUGUUUUAACCCUUUGCAUUACGAAGUCACUCGGAGAUCUGCACCUUCAUUACAUUUGUACAUAGUUGUGGAUCGUAGUUCAAUCAAUGUGUCGCAUAGACGAGAUAUACUGUACAUCUAUAACAAAGCAUAAGUGUUGGGAAAAGUCUGUUUUAUCAUUAAAGAAAUACC